UCACCUCUGAUUGGCUGAAGCAUCUGUUGUUUCCGCUGCAUGUCAGCUUCACUGUGGCGUUUUGUGAGGACCUCUGUUGAUCCGAAUUCAAAACACAAAACCUCGGGAUACUGAGUGGUUGGCCAUGGCGUCUGACUCCCCGCGCAGACCGAGCCGCUGUGCUGGUGGGGUUGUGGUUCGAGCCCAGGCUGCAACAGAACAGUCAUACAUGGAGAGCGUAGUUACGUUCUUGCAGGAUGUAGUCCCUCAGGCGUACACUGGGACACCUCCAAAUGAUGAAAAAGAAAAGAUAGUUUGGGUCCGUUUUGAAAAAACAGACAUCAAUGAUGUGUCCCGCCUACCAGAGUUCCAAGAGAUGCACGGCAGCGGCACUGACCCGCCUCUCUGCUUGAUGAUUGGCUACACUGAUGGAAUGCAGAUUUGGAGCAUAUCACUGAACGGGGAGGCGCAGGAGCUGUUCUCGGUGCGACACGGGCCCGUGCGAACUGCUAGGAUCCUGCCUGCUCCACAUAUCAGUUCCCUCAACACUGACAGCUUCGCUGAGAAACGGCCCCUCCUUGGCGUGUGCAAGAGCACGGGCUCUUCGGGGACAAGUCCCCCUUAUUGUUGUGUGGACCUUUAUUCCUUGAGAACAGGAGAGAUGGUCAAGUCCAUUCAGUUUAAAACGCCCAUCUAUGAUCUUUACUGCAACAAAAGGAUCCUCGUUGUUAGUCUUCAAGAAAAGAUCGCUGCCUUUGACAGCUGCACCUUUAUGAAAAAGUUCUUUGUCACAAGCUGCUAUCCCUGUCCUGGGCCCAACCUCAACCCUAUAGCUCUGGGAAGCCGGUGGUUGGCCUAUGCUGAGAACAAGCUGAUCCGGUGUCAUCAGUCCCGUGGUGGGGCCUGUGGAGAUAAUGCCCAGUCCUAUACUGCCACUGUCAUCAGUGCCGCUAAAACUUUGAAGACGGGCCUGACCAUGGUGGGCAAGGUUGUGACCCAGCUUGCUGGUACGGUGCCAUCAGGGGUGCCUGACGAGGAGGGCACUGCCCACAGUGGCACCCGCCGCAGCCCUCACCAACCUGGUGUGGUCACCAUCAUAGACACACACACUGUGGGAGAAGGACAGGUUCUUGUUAGCGAGGAUUCCGAUGGAGAAGGAGUGAUUGCACAUUUUACAGCACAUGAUAAGCCUAUAUCCUGCAUGGCGUUUAACCCAAGUGGUAUGUUAUUGGUGACCACAGACACCCUUGGUCAUGACUUCCAUGUUUUCCAAAUCUUGACUCACCCAUGGGUGUCUUCCCAGAGUGCAGUUCAUCAUCUAUACACUCUUCACAGAGGAGAGACUGAGGCUAAGGUACAGGACAUCUGCUUCAGCCAUGACUGUCGCUGGGUGGUGAUCAGUACUCUUCGUGGCACCUCACAUGUCUUUCCCAUCAACCCAUAUGGUGGAGCGCCAUGCGCACGCACGCAUAUGUCUCCCCGUGUGGUCAAUCGCAUGAGCCGCUUCCAGAAGAGUGCCGGACUGGAAGAAAUCGAGCAAGAGCUCAGCAGCAAACAGGGCGGCCGAUGUAGCCCCAUUCCUGGCCUUUCCAGUAGCCCAUCUGGAUCACCACUACAUGCCAAACUCACCAGUCAAGAAUCCUAUAAUAACUUCACCAACAACAACAUGGGUAACCCACGCCUGUCUGCAUUACCCAGUUUGACGGUCGUGCUACCACUGGCUCAGAUCAAGCAACCGAUGACCUUGGGCACCAUCACCAAGCGCACUGGACCCUACCUCUUUGGGGCUGGAUGUUUUUCCAUUAAAACUCCAUGCAAAGCCAAGCCGCCUCCCCAAAUCUCACCCAGUAAGUCCAGCGGUGGGGAGUUCUGCGUGGCUGCAGUCUUUGCCUCCUCUCGCUCUUGGUUUAUCACCAACCCCAACUUGAAGAGAGAGAAAGAUCAGUCUCGACAGGCUGUUGUUGAAUCGUUGUACAUCCUGAGUUGCUACGGAAACCUUGUGGAGCAUGUGCUGGAGCCUCGUCCAAUCAGCACGGCUCAAAAGAUAGGUGACGACACGCCUCUGGAGCUGAACACCUGUCCGAGAGCCUGUUGGAAUCUAGCCAGGACACCGCAGUGGAAUGAGCUACAACCACCUUUCAACAGCAACCACCCCUUGGUGCUGGCCUCAGACUUCGUGCAGUACUAUCAGUACCUCCUGGCUGGAUUGGCACCUCCUGGCAGCCCCGGCCCCAUCACCCGGCAUGAGUCUUAUGACAGCCUGUCUUCCGAUCACAGUGGCCAGGAGGAUGAAGAAUGGCUCUCACAGGUGGAGAUUGUUACCCACACUGGCCCUCACCGAAGACUCUGGAUGGGACCUCAGUUUCAGUUCAAGACCAUCCAUCCUUCAGGUCAGACCACGGUCAUCUCCUCCAGCUCCUCUGUUCUUCAGUCACAGGGGCCCAGCGACACCCAGCAGCCUCUUCUUGAUUUCGACACAGACGACCUGGACCUACACAGCCUUAGGAUCCAGCCUGUGCGUUCAGAGCCUGUUAGCAUGCCUGGGUCUUCUCGCCUGGUGGCUGACCGUAGAGGCCAGUCCACAGUCAUAGAUACCGGCUCAGGCAUGUUUGACCGCAGUGUCACCCUGCUGGAGGUGUGUGGCAGCUGGCCUGAGAGUUUCGGACUGCGUCACAUGUCCUCCGUGGAAGCAACGGAAGAGGGCCUGAAGGAGAGGCUGGCAGAUGCAAUGUCUGAGUCGCCCAGCAGAGACAUUGUAGGCUCUGGGACAGCAGAGCUGCAGAGGGAGGGAAGCAUCGAGACUCUCAGCAAUAGUUCUGGCUCCACCAGUGGCAGCAUUCCCCGGAACUUCGAGGGCUACCGAUCCCCUCUCCCCACUAAUGAAAGCCAGCCUCUCAGCCUCUACCCCACCGUAUUCCCCUAAAACCAGCCGUCCCGCCCAAGGAAACCUCUGUGUCGCCUUUUGGACUAUCUUGACAUUACAACCACAACACAUCACCCCAUGAGAGAAGCCACACACUCUCUCUCUCUCUCAUUGUGUUUUCAUACCAUCUAUGUUUUCUCUAUUCUUUGAAACGUGGAUUUUCCUUUAAUCAAACUUGGCAUGCAGGAAAACCCUGUUCAAUGAGGCCCAGAGUUGACGUCCUUUGUCAUUCACUCCCCUUGUAGAUUAAUUUCAAUAAUCUCCGUCUGAGACUGAGUGCACGUAUAUAUUAACCUUGAUGGGUGGGAUGUAUCUUUGAACGGAUUGUUGCCACUUUUCUCAAAGACGUGUCAUAUUACCAAUAUCAUUUUCAAAAGAAACUUCCAGUGCGUAUCUUUACUGAGAGUGUGUGUUCAUAAGAAAAGUGUCCUGAUUACCUCUCAGUAGUUGAAGUUUAGAUUUGAGCUUAUAAAGCAUUAUGCUGAUUUUUUUUUGUCUCGAUCAACAUGCUAUAAUCAGACAAAUAAUAUGUUUUAGUAGAUGUACUGUAGUUAACAUUUGAAUUGAUUUGAAUUUUUUAGGUAAUUCAAAUUGGUUAUGUUUACAAUUUAUUCUUGUGUUACAUUAUAGUGUUUGUUAUUCCACACAUUUCUUUCUGUAUAUUUGAUUCGCUUGUUUUUAGUCCGUUUCUUGGACUUCUUCUUGGCUUUAUAAAUUCAUUGGAUUCAAAUGAUUCAGAUAACUUUCAAUUUAUGGAUAAAUGUGAAAUUGAUUCUUUCUAAAGGGAAGUUUGUUUACUAAUGCUUCCGCAUUUGACCGGCUUUAUAGGAUGUGUGCGAGGCUGAUGUUUAUCGAGGAUCCACAGCGAGUAUCAUUCGGCUCAGGUGAUUUAGACACUACCCACAUUUUUUUUUAAAGUAGUUCCAUUAUUGUGAUCAUUAUCAUCAAUAUAUCGUUUUGUAUUAGCUUGUUCAUUUAACUAUUUUAAAUUGCUCUGUUUGAUGAAUAUCUAAUUUGCUUGACUGGAUGUAACAUUUUACACACACACACACACACACACACACACACACACACACAACUAUUGAUAAUUACCAAUUAAACUGAUUUAACAACUGUGAAUAAACGGCCCAAAUCAUCAGACACUUAAAGAGCUGCUGUAGGCUGACACCUCUGUGCAUGAGGAAACAUGAUGGGGUUAUUCAGCAUUAUUCAUAAUAGCAUUCAAGUUGGCAUGACUUUCAAUCUGAAUGCAGUGCAUAUGCUUUGUAUGGACUAUGAUAUUUUUUGUAAUAAUUCUUGCGUAAUGUUAUCUUGAAGUAGGAAUUUAUGCAAGUGAAUUGAACACGUCUUCUAUACACUUGUGUGUUUGCUUAAUACAGUAUAUGCAUUUUGACUUUCACCGUUCUUUUCCCUUGUUAACUUGCCUUGCUUUUUCUUGGAUAUAUUUGUUAUACAAAAACAAUAAAUGCAUUUAAAUGACAAGAUAUAAA